UUUGAUCUAGUUGUGCAUUCUCCUACCGUUAUAAUUAUAUUCCGUGUGGUUUUUAAAUCUACUCUUAAAUUUGUAGAUUUUUAAAAUCUACAACUUUUUGAAAUUUAGCCUCCGUGCAUAGUAUAACUAAUUAACGAACUGGGCGAGCCUUCACUCUCUCGCAACCCAGAUUCGACCGGAGCGCCGCCUCCGAUCCGCCGAUGACGAGGAUGUCGGCUGCGGCGGCGCAGCGGCGGCCGACGGUGGCUCUGCUGCUGGGGCUGGCGCUCGCCUUCUGCCUCGCCGUCCUCUCCAUCCAGUCCUCCUUCUUCGCCGCUCCGGGGGCGCCGGGCAGGAAGCUGGAUCUGGACGCCGGCGACGUGCGCGCGCUCGCGGGGUUCCAGUCCCGCGUCCAGCAGUGCGUGGCAAGCAGGGGACUUGGCCUCACAGCAGAUAUUAUUGAUCAUUGCAAGCUGGUCCUUAAAUUUCCUGGAGGAACCAACAGCACCUGGUAUAAUGCCCAGUUCAAAAUUUUUGAACCUCUAGAAUACAAAUAUGAUGUCUGCGAAACUAUCCUACUGUGGGAACAGUACCGCAACAUGACAACUGUAUUGACAAGGGAAUACUUGGAUGUGAGACCUGAUGGAUGGUUGGACUAUGCAGCUAAAAGGAUCGCACAGCUUGGUGCUGACAAAUGCUACAAUCAUACUCUCUGUGAUGAGCUUCUUAGUAUUUUGCUGCCCGCUAAACCCCCUUUCCAUCCACGCCAGUUUGCAACAUGUGCAGUUGUUGGUAACUCAGGGGAUCUCUUGAAAACGGAGUUUGGACAAGAAAUUGAUGCGCAUGAUGCUGUGUUUCGGGACAAUGAGGCACCUGUUAAUAAGAAAUAUGCAAAACAUGUCGGGUUGAAAAGGGACUUUCGACUGGUUGUCAGGGGUGCUGCUCGAAAUAUGGCAGCAAUACUGAAGGGCUCCUCUGAUGAGGCGCUUAUUAUUAAAAGUUUGACUCACAAAGAAAUCAAUGCGGUGAUAAAGGAACUUCCAAAUCCUGUCUACCUUUUUCAAGGUAUAGUCCUAAGAAGAGGCGCUAAAGGAACAGGCAUGAAGUCUAUAGAACUGGCCCUUUCCAUGUGCGAUAUUAUUGAUAUGUAUGGUUUUACAGUUGAUCCUGGCUACACAGAAUGGACACGGUACUUCUCAGCCCCUAGGAAAGGGCACAAUCCACUGCAAGGCCGUGCUUAUUAUCAACUGCUGGAGUGCCUUGGAGUGAUUCGAAUCCAUUCCCCUAUGAGAGCUCAAAGGGUGGAAGAUUGGUCAGACAUACCAAGCAAGGAAGAGAUCAGAAGAGCGCAUGCUGCAGCUUUUCGUCUAAAAAAGCAUGAAACUGGCCAGCCAGAUGAACUAGGGCCAUUUAGCAAUUGCAAGGUAUGGGGAACAGUUGACCCUGACUAUGGACCAGUAUCAGGGACUUCAGAUAUGAGCAAAACGCGAAGGAAUUCAAACUACAGCAAGUGGGAGUUGCUCCCAUUCGAGAGGCUAAGAAGGGAGGCUCAGGAACACCAUAUCCAGAUGGGUGGUGUAUCGCUCUACAAGAUGGACGGAAACAAGUUGGAUGAUCUUGUCUGCGUGAGGCACCAGCGUUCAUCUAGUUAAGACAGCGGCACCAAAACUGGACUGAAGAUGGCACUCUGACCCUUGUAGGAUUCGUUUCACAGUGGUAUGGAAUGGACGCUUCAUAGCAAGAACCGCAUCGGCUGUUUGAAUCUGCAGAAUUUAGUUUACAGAUUUGUAAAAUCUCGGGAAGCAUCAACUCCAAAGCACGGCUAAGGAUUCAUCAUACCUGGAGCGGGAAACAUUCUUUUAUUGGUUGUUAAGCUAGUUCUACUGUUCUAGGCACAGCAGCUUAAGCUGUCAAAUAGGAUGUUAUGUGGACACUACAUUAGACGUUCUCACUUUUGACAUAGCUGUAACUAGAUGUUGAGACAACAUGCCAUUUCUCAAUCCUGAAGUGUAGUUUUGAAUGUAUAAGCCGCUUCGAUA